AGAGGCUAUAUGAAAGGAUUUAAGUGAACUCUGAAUCUGACUGAACUCAGCAGUCGACAGCCCUGUUUGCAUUCUGGAGCUUUUCAUUCAGUCAGUGAGGACUAACACAGUGGGAGUGUGGGAAAAGAUUUGGGCACAGAGAACAACAUAUUUCUGUCGCCUUAUACAGGUGGCUCUACAGAAGUAAAGGAAAGCGAAGGAUGAAGUGUUUGAGAUGCUGGCUGCCCGCAGUGGCCCUGCUGCUGCUUAGUGUGGCUGGAGUUAACAUGGAGCAUCUCCAAGCUGAAAACCUGAAUCUCAUUCCCCCAGAUGAGCAUAACGUGGUCUUGAACCCUGGAAUGAGAGUUCUGCCCAGAGACUGCCAUGAAAUACUGAUGACCUCUUCAGGUCAGGCCAGAGACGGGGUCUACCUGAUCCAACCAGGUGACUCCCCCAUUGUGGCCUACUGUGCCAUGCAGGAGGGAGGCUGGACCGUGGUGCAGCAUAUCACCGUCAAUAGCAGCGUGAAUUUCGAUCGUACCUGGGCUGAGUACAAACAUGGCUUUGGGGAUGUAACUGGUGAUCACUGGCUUGGGAAUGAAUACCUUCAUCAGCUCACCCGCGGCCCUGGGCGCUAUAAACUGGGAGUACAACUAGUGGACCGAGACGCCAUCACUAAGACGGGGGAGUAUGAUCCAUUCCUGGUGGAGGAUGAAUCAUCAGCAUACAGGCUGAGGCUGGGGUUGUUCCAGGGCACAGCUGUAGACGCCCUGACCCUGGACACAGAGAACUACCUGCAUGACAACCAAAGGUUCACCACUAAAGACAGAGACAAUGACAACUACUUCCAAAAUUGUGCUAAGCUGGAGUUUCAGGGGGUGCCGGGAGGAGGUUGGUGGUAUGAUGCCUGUGCUGGUGCCAACCUCAAUCGCAGGAAUGUCAUCUACUGGCAAAAGGACUGCAACAAGGAGCGACUGUGCAAGUACGCAUGGAUGAUGGUGAGACCUUCAGACAUGGUUAAACUGAUUCACAGUGGUGACUGCAAGAAGGAUGAGCUAUAAGGACACCAUUGUCAUGAUUUGUGAUACUGUAUGACAUUAGGUUUGGCAGCUACUGUAUUGAGGGCCAAGAGUUUAGGGGUUUUUUUUAGGUUUAGUCAUUAAGCUGGACAUUCAAUUCACCACAUUUUAUUCAGAAAUGCAUGGACAAGAACAAAAAAUGAAUCACAAACUUGGAACACAGUAUAAAAAUGCAGUACGGGUUUAGCUCUAGCUUUGUUUCCAUCAUACACGAAGCAAAGCAUUUCAUUCCCCAAAUUGCAAGUGCAGAUUUCUGGUUUAUCACAGUUCCACGAAAACGUUUCAUGACAUUAUAGCUUAUGAUACAUGUAAAACACAUUUUGCAUGUCAUCUCCCAUCCAAUGCUUACAGAACGUUUCACAAACAGCAUUUUUUUUUACCACAGUACAUUACAGUUUUGCCAGAAAUACAAUAAAGAUAUGAUGACAUAUGAUUUAGCUACAAUAGUUCAGAGAAAACAAAUACUGUAUUUCAAUGAUCAAAGAAAAAAAAAAUAUCCUGAGGAUGAAGAGUAAUAAACAGAUUAUAAUAAACAAUG